AUUUUUUGCUCUGGUUUUGCUGUGAUGGCUUCGAUAAUGCUGCAGGUCGUGCAGUCGCCACAUAAUCUCGUGUUUAUGGGAAGUAUCCGAUCAGUUGUGGCGUGUUUGUCGCUAGCCGCUGUAGCGAGGAAAAUGACCGCUGCAACGGGGCAGAGUGUCUCCGGGACAUCUGCUGCUGCGGCCGGGCUGCUCCGCCUUACUUCAGUCCCCGGUUAUGACCAUAACCGCGUCAAUGAUGUUCUGCUCUUAAGACCCGCCACGGAAACCCAGAGACGAUGCGACAAUGAAACUCAGAACCUGCAGGAUGGAAAUGACCACGUCGUGUUCUUUCCCGGAGACAUUCAGAACUUCCAGCAGGAAAUGGCCCUCCAGCCUGAUGCUGCACCGUGGCAGUGCUGGAGUCUGGAGAGUGUCGGUCUCACACUGGCCCACCGCUUCCCUGGCUGCCACAUCUGGGUCAUCCGUGCAUCCCAAAUGUACCUACACAAGUUCAGCUGCUAUCAGAACUUUGUAGAAAGCAACCUAUUCGGCGCACCAGAACAUUCUGCAGACUACGGAGCCAUUCGCCACCUGAGGGCACUGCUAGGUCACAGCAUGCAGCAGGCAGGUCUGCCAAAUCCUUUACCCCCGCUUAGUGGCACGUCCACCCCUGGCCCUCUUCCUGCCGGUUUCUCCUUGACCAUAGUGGCCUUCAGUAAAGGAUGUGUUGUCCUCAAUCAGAUAGUGUAUGAGCUGGCCGGAGCCCGAGCAGACCCAGAACUCCAGCUGUUUUUGGACAGGGUGUCUGCUCUGUACUGGCUGGACGGAGGACACCCUGGCGGCAGUGAGACCUGGGUGACUGAUAAGUGUGCUUUGGGAGAGCUGGCGUCUAGCGGGGUGGCUGUUCAUGCUCAUGUUACUCCAUAUGAGGUUCGAGACCCGAUGAGGGCAUGGGUUGGGCGAGAACACCGACACUUCAUUAAGACUCUGGAGGAUCUGGGCGCCCGUGUGAGCCACAAACUGCACUUUGAGGAUGAGCCGGCAUCCAUUGACAAUCACUUCCGGGUCAUUCAAGAGUUCUGAGCCCUCUCAAAUGAGGCUUCAACUAUAGUCUUAACAUGGAGAUGGCUUUCUAUUGCACUAUUUUAUUUUGAAGGCAGUUUUGGGUUCCUGCUACCCAUUAUUCUCAAUCAUAACAAUUGAUGUUCAGGAGAUAUUUCCUGAAAAAUGAAAAUACUGUGACCCACAUGAUGUGUCAAGAUAUUGAUUAAUCUGAGAAACACAUGAAGACAUUUGAUCCUCAGUGAAAAGUCCAGGUGGCCAAAACUCCAGUUAAAAAAUGUUAUACAGUUACUGUAAAAUGAAUCCAUAUAAUGGUGGAUUGCUCAGCUGAUGAACUUGUGUUUAACAAUUAGAAAUUGUAUGGUCUAAGACUUCAUCACCUGGACUUUCAGUGGAGGCAUCUUAAAAAGCUAAUUUGUCUUAUGACACUAUAUGAUAAUUUUACAUUGUGAACAUGAGAAUGACCAAACCUGUAGAAGAUUGAACAUGCCUGACUUAAAGCCUAACUGUUUUUGCUUGUCGUAUUUAUCUACAUAGGCUCUGUCUGAUAUACUAGGAUGCUUGUUUGACAUUGGUAGUUUUGAAUGUGGAUAUGCAAAGUACAACCAUUACCUCGUCAUGUUUCAAGGGCUCUCUUAUCUUGCUACAUAGAAAUUAAUCUUGAAGCGCUUAAUAUGAAAAUAGUUGAUUUGUUAUGUUGUGUAAUAAGCAUGGCUUUUCAAGUAUCCGUAUCCCUAAAUGAGUAUGGAUACUCUCAAAACAUUUCCUGUACUGACCUUAGUCAUGCUAUUUUGCAAAGGCCUGUAGUCAUAUAUACAGAACCUAGAUUUCUGUAGUAUCCUCUCAAUUCAUUGGUUUGUUAUUACAAAUAUGUUCGGUGUUUGUGUUCCUUUAGUAUUUCUUUCAUUUGAUUAUCAAAUCAAAUAAUAUAAGAAUCUUCCAUAGAAAUGAAUUAUAUAGAGCAUUUACAGUACACUGAUAAAAAUCACAUUUUAAAAUAUUUUAUUUAUUGAGUGCACAACUGUUAGUUCUGUGCCCAAAACAAAUCUUCAGACGAUACUCUAGAUGGCGCUCUUUGUUUGGAUUAUGCUUUAUGACUGAAUCACAUAGAAAUGAAUAUGUGGAUUUUGUAAUGUCCUGAAUGUAAUUUCAUGGAAGUGCUUCCUGCUUCUUAAUCAUUCCAUGCUGACGUAAUUCAAUAAAAAUGCCGGAACGUACCCUCA